GUGACCAAAUUAGAAAAGGAUAGGGUGCCAAAGAGGAAAAAAAUCGAGGGAAGUGUGGGGAUGCCGCGUGAGUGCCAAAGAGAUGCCAAGGGAGUCAAGGAGCGAGAGUGCCACGGUGGAUCCCAGGAGGAUGCUGGCCGUGUACCCUGAGAGAAAGGUGUCCUUUCCUUUCUUUCAGUACUACGACGCCAGUAUGGGCGAAAUUCCUAAAGACCCGGCCUUCAACAUCAUCCCAAAGAACUCGACCUGUUUUAUCAUCUGGCGAGUCGAGAACCUCCAGCUGGUGGCGCUGAAGCGGGAGGAUUAUGGCAAGUUCUACAAGGGCGACUCUUACAUCAUCUUUUCAGCCUCGGAGUAUGGCAAACCUGCAGGCAUGGAUGACACGCCACAUCCGCCCAAGGGAGCUUUGGACAUCCACAUCCACUUCUGGCUCGGAUCUGAGACGACCACCGACGAGGCAGGAGUGGCGGCCAUCAAGACGGUGGAGCUGGACAACCUACUCGGGGGAGGGCCUGUGCAGCACCGAGAGACAGAGGGAAACGAGAGCAAGCGGUUCUUGUCUUACUUCAAGAAUGGCAUUAGGCUUCUGAAGGGAGGCGUCGCAACGGGAUUGAAACAUGUUACCGACGACUUCGAACCCGCCAUCUACCAUGUCAAGGGGAAGAGGUCCACGGUUGUCACGGAGUUGCCUGCCAUCGACUGGAAGCUGAUGAAUGACGGGGACGUAUAUGUAAUCGACAACCGCGAAAUCAUUUACGUCUGGACUGGCAGGAACAGCAACAAUAUGGAAAAAAUACAGGGAGCCAAGUUCGCCGGGACCCUUCGUCAGGAGCACGGCGGAGGCUCCGUGGUGGUGGUGGAGGACGGGCAGGAGGCGGCCCUCGUGGGAGAGGAGAGAGGCCUCUUCGACAAAAUGCUGCCGCUCAACAACAAGCAGGUGGUGCCAGCCUCGCAGGCCCCCAAGGACGAGACUCAGGCUCGCAGGAUAUGCGGCGAACUCAAGCUGUUCAAGUGCUCGGACGAAAGCGGCGUCCUGAAGGUGACGGAGGUGAAGAACGGCCCUCUGUCUCAGGCCGACCUCGACUCGAAGGAUUCCUUCAUCGUGGACAACGGGCAGGACGGCAUCUGGGUAUGGGUGGGGAAGAAAGCCACGCAGAAGGAGAGAGACGAGGCCCUGAGGAACGCCCAGGGCUUCGUCACCAAGAAGGGAUACCCGUCCAACACGAAAGUCAGCCGAGUCAUCGACAACGGAGAACCGCCCGAGUUCAAGACGCUAUUCAGGGACUGGAAGGACAAGGAUCAGAGCAAGGGCUUCGGAAGGCAAGCUUCGACCACCAAGAUCGCGCAUACAGUCCAGACCAAGUUCGACGCUUCGACUCUCCACUCGACCCCCGAGCUCUCCGCCAAAACUCAAAUGGUCGACGAUGGGUCUGGACAAAAGGAAGUCUGGAGAAUCAAGGAGUUCGACCUGAUUCCCGUUCCAGAGAGCCAGUACGGAGAGUUCUUCAUGGGAGACUGCUACAUUGUUCUCUACGCUUAUCUCGAGGGGAACAACACACACUAUCUCCUGUAUUACUGGAUUGGCUCGGACGCCAGCCAGGACGAGGCGGGGACGGCGGCUCUGAAGGCGGUGGAGCUGGACGACAAGCUGCAGGGGCGCGCCAUUCAGAUCCGCGUCGUGCAGGGGAAGGAACCGCCGCACUUCAUGGCGAUUUUUGGCGGGAAAAUGGUCAUCUUCGAGGGCGGUUUUGCGUCGUCAUUUGAUGGUGCGGGCGCGAGAGACGAGGGUCGCAAGUCCUCGUACAUGCUGCAGAUCCGAGGCACCACGAGCCAUAACACCAAGGCCAUUGAGGUCGACCUCCGCGCGGGCUGCCUGAACUCCAACGACUGCUUCGUGGUGGCGACGCCCCAGACGACGUACGUGUGGUGCGAGGCUGGAGCCGGGCGGAGAGGGAACGGCGGGGCCAAGACCGCUUCGCCAUCCAGCAGGGGAGACACUGUCAUUGUGUCUGAAGGGUACGAGAAGGAGGAGUUCUGGCGCGCCCUUGGGGGCAAGGAGCCCUACGCGACGACCCCGAAGCUGAAGGAGGAACACCCAGCUCACCCUCCGCGCCUCUUCCAGUGCAGCAACGCCACGGGAGUCUUCAAGGCCGAAGAGGUGAUCAACUUCUCCCAGGUGGACCUCGUGGACGAUGACGUCAUGUUGCUGGACGCCUGGGACAACCUCUUCCUCUGGAUUGGACACAACUCAAACAAGGCCGAGCAGCGUGCCUCCGACGCCCUCGCACUCGAGUACCUUCGCACGGACCCCGCCGGCAGGAAGGACGUCCCCAUCAUCAAGCUGAAGCAGGGAUACGAACCCCCGAACUUCACCGGCCACUUCGGUGUCUGGGACAACGACCUGUGGAACGAAAACAUGACUUACGCCGACAUCUGCGAGCGUCUCCAAGAAGUGUCUCCCGGGGCCACCGUGCUCGUGACGUCAUCAGGCUCUGGGACGACAGGAAGGCGCACCUACCCGCUGGCGACGCUGAGGGAGAAGGACCCCGAGAAGCUGCCUGCUGAAGUCGAUCCCGUGCACAAGGAGGACUUCCUCUCCGAUGCUGACUUUGUGUCCGUGUUCGGCGUCGCCCGAGACAGCAUCGAUUCGAUCCCGAUGUGGAAACGCAACAACAUGAAAAAGAAGGCGGGACUCUUCUAGAGACUUCGUUUUAGACCCGCAAACAGCCUUGGUUAAGGGCUGUUCUAAUGGGUCUGGAGGACGGGAGGCCUUCCCCCUUGGCAUGGGGAAAGUCUGCUGCAAGGAGAUCAUCGUCCGUCAUGCAACAACACUAAUGAGCAUGCAACAUCAAGAACAACUGGUGCCAAAGUCACAGCCAUCAG